UAUAUGUAGAUAUGUUUAUAUAUCCUCGGUGUUAAUAAAAAAACCAAUCUGUCUGCAUAAAUCUGUAGCUCUCAAGUCUCACCUGCCAGCCACUGUGCUUAAACAUGAAAACGCAUCAAAGCAAACGCAUCUCCAUUUCUUCUGUGCUCCUCUUUCUAGUUUUAUGCUCACAAUAUUCCACACCGGCCACUGCCCAAGAAGUUGAGGAUGAAAGAGAGUUCGAUUAUCUUCAGGGAAGCGGGAAGGGGCCAAAGCAGUGGGGAGAAAUGAAGAAAGAAUGGGCUGCGUGUAAGAAUGGAGGCAUGCAAUCUCCUAUUGAUUUAUCAAGCCAGAGAGUCAAGCUAAUCCCCAACUUGGGCAAGCUCAACACCGCUUACAAGCCUUGCAAUGCCACUGUCAAGAACAGAGGCCAUGAUAUUUCGAUUGAAUGGGUGGGCGACGCUGGAUCCCUUAAGAUAAAUGGGACUGAGUAUUUGCUAAAACAAUGCCACUGGCACUCCCCUUCCGAGCAUUCCAUCAAUGGAAGGAGGUUUGACAUGGAGCUCCACAUGGUUCAUCUAAGCCCCGAUCCCAACGUUACGAAUAAGAUCGCUGUCAUCGCAGCGCUCUACAAGAUUGGCCGCCCAGAUUCCUUCCUCACUAAGUUGACAAGGGAUAUACAAUCCAUGACUGAUCAAAAGGAAGAGAGAAGUGUGGGAAUAAUUGACCCUAACAAAAUUAAAAUCCCUGGGAAAAGCUAUUACAGAUACAUGGGCUCACUCACCGUUCCUCCUUGCACCGAAGGCGUUAUUUGGACCAUCAAUAAAAAGAUAAGAACAGUCUCAAGAGAUCAAGUAAAGCUAUUUCGAGUGGCUGUGCAUGAUUAUGCAGAGACGAAUGCAAGGCCAGUACAACCACUCAACCUUCGAGAGAUCCACGUCUACGACCAAGGCGCAAGGAGCACGAAUAAUUGAAGCUGUCUCACUUGCAGAGAUUUAAUUUAUCACUACAUUGAUUCAUUUAUUUUAUUUUAUCAAGCUCAUUAGCAUGAAUGUUACUUUACUAUAAUGGACGUGUUUUCUUUCCCUCAUCAAAGAAAACGUUUAUAUCUUCCUCUA